AUGGGAAAGGCUAAAAAGACAAGAAAGUUUGCUGCAGUGAAGCGUACAUUAUCCAAGAAAGAUCCUCGUCUUGCAAAUAAGAAUGGUUUAAAAGAUGCCAAUUCUGCCAGCGGUAGUAAAAAGGAUGAUCCUGAACUUACGCAUCAUGUGCCGCAAGUAUCGUCUGCGUUGUUUUUCAAGUUCAACGAUGCGAUAAAGCCACCGUACCAAGUGCUUAUAGAUACAAAUUUUAUAAAUUUUUCUAUUCAAAAGAAGAUUGAUAUUAUCCGUGGGUUAAUGGAUUGUUUAAUGGCGAAAUGUAUACCAAUAAUCACCGAUUGUGUGAUGGCUGAGUUGGAGAAGCUCGGGUCAAAGUAUCGUAUUGCUUUGAAGUUGGCCAAGGAUCCUAGGAUUACUAGACUAAAGUGUUCUCAUGCAGGUACAUAUGCCGAUGACUGUUUGGUGAAUAGAGUGAUGCAGCACAAGUGUUAUAUUGUGGCUACCAAUGAUGCUGAUUUGAAACGAAGGAUUAGAAAAGUCCCUGGUGUGCCAUUGUUGAGUGUUGGUGCACACUCGUAUGUUGUCGAGAGGUUGCCAGAUGUGUUUUAG